AAUUGUUGUGCAUCUUUAUAAAUAAAAAUGUAUUGAAUGAAUCAAUGCCCAAAUGUGACUUGUUACACAGUACGUUUAGUCCAAAUAUUGUACAUGCUUUCAUAUAAAUAUAUACAUAUAUGCAUACAGUUGCACACUUGCAUACAUUCCCCAUACUACAUACACAGAAGACACACAUAUAUAUAGAAAUAUAAAUAUAAAAGCACAGAAACACAUAUUUAUAUUCUUGACUUUAUUCUUCCAUCUAGUUAUAUAUUUCCACAUUUAAAGGAUAUAAACACUUACUUAUAUGAUUGUAUGAAGAUCACAAUUGAAUCAUGCAUAAUAUUUAAAUAAAAAUCAAAUAAAUAUUUCAACUCAUUAUAUUUGUCAGUUAAUCACAAUUAAAAAUCUUUAACUUUCAAAUCAAUUACAAAUAUGAUGAUUAAAUGUUAUUCAAUUAUUACUUUAAUAUUGGUUUUAAAUUUUGUUACUGCUCAAAUAUCUUCUCCGAACGAAGCGCUUGGACCUCCAGGACCAAGAGGUGAUCCAGGGCCACCUGGUCCAGAAGGAGGAAUUGGAGCACCAGGUCCUCGUGGUCCACCUGGUCCACCUGGAAUAGAUGGCGAACGUGGACAAGCAGGUCCUGCUGGGACACCUGGAACACCUGGUCGUGAUGGGAGACCUGGGGUUCCAGGGGUGCAAGGUUCACCUGGACCUCAAGGGAUUGUUGGGCCUCCAGGUGAACCUGGAGGUGAAGGAAGUCCUGGACCACAAGGUUACCAAGGUCAAACAGGCGACAAAGGUGAUACUGGCUUUGAUGGACUUAAAGGUUCUCAAGGACCUAUGGGACCACAAGGACCUCAAGGACCAAUAGGACCUGUGGGCCCACCAGGCCCAGUGGGUCCGCCUGGACCCUCAGGUCCAAGAGGAGAAUCUGGACCCAAUGGAAGAGUUGGAGUGAUGGGACCUCAAGGUCCAGUAGGCAAUCCUGGGAGACCAGGGGCAUCAGGACCAGCUGGACAAAAAGGCGAUCGUGGUUUGACCGGUGCCAAAGGAGAGAAGGGUGAAAAGGGUCCUACAGGUACACCAGGACAUCCAGGCUUGAGUAAAGAACGUGGGAUUCAGGGUGAAGUCGGUCAUGAUGGUCGUCCAGGUGUCCGAGGAGAACCAGGUGAAAGAGGACCAGAAGGAUCUAUGGGUAUUGCAGGAAGACCUGGAGAGAGAGGAACAAUGGGACGCGCAGGGCUUCAGGGUCCAAAAGGUGCACAAGGUGAACCAGGCUCAGUUGGAGUAGAAGGACCAACAGGGAUCCAAGGUCCUAAGGGUGAGAAAGGUCAACUUGGACGUCCGGGUGAACGUGGAGAAACAGGACCACGUGGUGAACGAGGACCUAUGGGCCCUAUAGGAAUUAAGGGUGCACAAGGAGAACUUGGAAUGGCUGGAAGUCCAGGAAGUCCAGGAUUAGAUGGACAACCUGGACUCAGCGGUAGUCCUGGAGAACCGGGCGCACCAGGCGAGCAAGGACUUUCAGGUCCUCCAGGACCACCCGGACGUCCUGGUCUUGAUGGAGCUCCUGGGUCUCGGGGUGAAAAUGGUGCACAUGGGAUGAAUGGAGUUCCUGGAAUCAAAGGAGGAGCAGGACCAAUUGGGCCAGUAGGUUUGCCGGGCGCAAGUGGAACACCAGGACACGCAGGACCAAUGGGACCCAUGGGACAAGUUGGCCCAAGGGGACCGACGGGUGCAAUAGGACCUACUGGAGAACAAGGAGUGAAAGGUGCCACUGGAUUACCUGGUGGUCAUGGAGAUAGUGGAGAUGUAGGUGACCCUGGACCUGAUGGUGAGACAGGUCCAGAAGGUCCUGCUGGUGCUGUUGGACCACCAGGACUUCCAGGUCCUGUGGGUGACCAAGGCCCAGAAGGCCCAGAAGGUCCAUCUGGCCCACCUGGUCCAGCAGGAUAUGAUGGUCCACCGGGAACGGAUGGAAAAGAUGGAUUGGCUGGCAAGGAUGGAAAACCUGGACCACAAGGUGUACCUGGUGAACAAGGAGCAGUUGGAAAAGCAGGUCGUAGAGGAGAUCGUGGACCACCUGGACCACAAGGAAAGAGAGGAUAUAAAGGUCAAGAGGGAGUAAUGGGACCUCCAGGAGUCUAUGGUGUUAUAGGCUUAGUUGGUAUUCCUGGAGCGAAUGGAGAAACUGGCGUUAAUGGUACAGUUGGUGAUCCUGGUCUUCCUGGUCUACCGGGAAUCGAUGGACGUCCGGGCUUACGCGGACAACCUGGAUUACGAGGCCCUCCUGGGCUCCCUGGUGUCGUGAAAGUCCAGGCUUCUACAGUUGGAGGAACAGGUUUACCUGGUGAUCGUGGAAAUCCUGGUUCAUAUGGACCUACUGGAGAGCCAGGUCCAAAAGGUAAUGCAGGAGAAAGGGGGAUUCCAGGUGACGCUGGUGAUCCAGGAGAUCGAGGUCUUUCAGGUCCACCCGGACCACCAGGACCAGAUGGCCAGCCCGGAGUCGAUGGAGAAGACGGUCCAGAUGGCAGCCCAGGGGAUGACGGCCCACCUGGACCACCAGGUCCCUUUGGUGAGCCCGGCCCAGCUGGAGAACAAGGUCCACAAGGCCCACCCGGGAAUAAGGGGGCUAUGGGGCUGACUGGUCCUCGAGGUGAAACAGGUCCGAGAGGAACACCUGGACCAACUGGAGCAACAGGUGACGUAGGGGAGCCUGGCUUGACAGGACCACCAGGACUUAACGGAAAUGUAGGAAGGAAAGGACCGACUGGGCAACGUGGACAGCCUGGAGUAAGAGGUAAGCAAGGAGAUGCUGGGGAACCGGGAAAACCAGGAGAAGCUGGUCCUCAUGGCUAUCCAGGAUUCAUGGGACCACCGGGAGAACCUGGUCCGGAAGGUCCCCCUGGUAGUGAGGGCAGUGAAGGCCCACCUGGAGAACAAGGAUCUCCGGGAAAGCAUGGGGAACUUGGUGAAGCUGGUGACGUGGGUGACGCGGGACCGCCAGGAAGAGCUGGACCACCAGGCCGUCGAGGUCAUCCUGGCUUUCCAGGAGCGAGAGGACCUCCCGGAGAAGUUGGAAAACCUGGAGAACCUGGACCAGCUGGACCGAUCGGACGUGCAGGUAUGCGUGGACCUCGUGGAUCUGUUGGUGGCGUUGGAGUUGCGGGAAGUAAGGGGGAACAAGGACUUUCGGGAGCCCCUGGGUCCCCGGGAGAAACAGGGCCUAGAGGAGACACCGGAGAACCAGGUAUUCCUGGUAAAGAUGGUCGUCCAGGGAAACAAGGAGAGCCAGGUCCAAAAGGAGCACCUGGAGGAAAAGGACCAAUCGGACCUCCUGGACCCCCAGGUUUGGAUGGUCCUGUGGGGUAUCCGGGAGAUCAGGGACAAAGAGGUCCUUCAGGUCCAGUGGGAGAACGAGGUCCAAUGGGAUCUCGAGGUUCGCGGGGUGAUAGAGGAGAUCCAGGUGAGGUCGGGCCACUUGGCCCUCCUGGUAGAGAUGGGGAACUGGGACCACCUGGUCCACAAGGACCCUCUGGUCCCCCUGGCUUGCCUGGUCCACCUGGUCAAAUCGUAUCUAUGCAAGCGCGAGCUUCAAGAACAAAAGGAAUAAUGUAUGGAGACGAUCCUGCAAUCAAAAGGAGAUUUGGAAAUAUCGAAACAAUUCUUCCUCAAGGAACAGCAGAACUGCCUGCCCGAACCUGUGCACAUUUGGCGGAUUUACAUCCUAAUAAGCCUGAUGGUGAAUACUGGAUUAACCCUAUUGGUGACAUCAUAAGCAGUCCUAUUAAAGUUAAUUGUCGUAUGAAGACUAAAGAAACGUGUAUCAAACCAAAACAAGUCAAAAUAUCAAUGGACAAUAUACGUCUUAACAUGAAUAGUAGAUUUUGGCUUCAAGAAAUAGAGGAACUUAAUGAGUUAAACUAUGCUAUUGAUGCGGAACAAUUGAACUUCUUAAAAUUAUCAAGUGAUCUGGCUGUACAACGUAUAUCUUUAUCCUGCGCUGGAUUAUCCGAUAUGAAAGUUAAUUCAACUAGAUCUUUAGCUGAAAAUAUUCGUUUAUUAGGUGAUGAUGAUACAAUUUUAGAAAGAUAUCAUCCAUUACACAAAUUUCAUAUUGAAGAAGAUCAAUGUGGAAAAAUUACCACUGGUUAUACAACUGUUUUGAUUAAUGGACAUCCGAGCAGACUACCUAUUCGUGAUAUUAAUUUGAUGCAUCUGAAUACGCUUAACUAUGAAUUGAUUCUUGGUGAUGUUUGUUAUACAACAUAUUUAGGAAGAGUUGUUUCAUUAAAACACAGUCUCAAUAACUAGAUUGUUUCAAGGUUAACAUCAGUAUGAUAUUAAGAAAUUUGUCAUGGAAGUAGAUGCUAUUAUAAUUGGUUAUAAUAAUUCAUAAUCAUUAAGUAAUACACUCUGUUAUAUCAAAAUACUUUCUGUACACAAAUCAAAAGAAGUUAAUAAAUGUUUAUUAAAGUAUCAAAUAA